UGCGUCGGUUCUGAGUGACAUAGAUUUUAGUUUUUUAAAAUAUUGUAAAACUUAGUGUCGGUUGUAGUGACGGAUUGAGGGUCUUUAUAUACCCUCCCGUGUUCUCUUUCAUCCUCUCUUCCAUUUUUCUUGUUUGUUCUUCCUCUCUUACAAACCCUCCCCCUUGUUCUUUCACUUAGACCUUUCUUAUUUGUUCUUCCAAUUUCGUUUGUUACUUCUUCACAACAGUAAGUGUUUUUUGCUUUUAAUAUUUUUAUUUUCUCCUAUUAUGUUUAAUUUUUAUUUACAAUUUAUUUUUGUAGGGAAUUUAUUUGAGCUGCUUGAGUACAUAAUGAAUUCAUCGACGACGGAAUUCUUCCAUAAUUCAGGGAUUGAAAGGUUGUAGGCAUCUUAGUGUGAACGUACUAUUUUGCCCUCGUAAAGUGGUAAAGCAUGGACAAGAGUUGGUUGACGAUACCUCGAAAUUUUGAAGCGUAUACAGCUGGAAUUAAUUUGUUUUUGGAUCAAGCAGUUGCAAAUGGUGUUGGACCUGAUAAGUUUAGAUGUCUUUGCAAAAGAUGUUGUAAUCGAUACACUUUUGUUAAGAACACUAUUGUUGAACAUCUCAUAUUGUAUGAUAUGGAUAAAGAUUAUAAAAACGCUUGGUGGCGACAUCAUAGCGAGCAAAACAUUGGAGAGCAAAAUAUGGCAAUUGGAGAAGAAGAAACAGGAGAUGAGGUGAUUGGCAUGUAUGAUUUUCUUAAUGAUGUAUUUGUCCAACCAUUAACAGAAGAAUGUGUUGGGCCGUCUACUGAACCCCCCAUUAGGGAAGGGCGUCCAGAAGAGGCGGAGACUUUUUUUAGGUUGCUUGAAGAGGCAGAUCAAGAUUUGUGGCCAGGUUGUAAGCGGUUUAAGAAAUUAGAAGCAGUUGUAAUACUGUAUAAGAUUAAGUGUUUAGCGGGAAUGCCAGAUGAGAUCUUCAUUUUCGGCUUCCAUAUCUCAUAUCCGCAAUCCUUUUUCUCUUUCAACGCCAGUAUCUCCCACGACCAAUUUGUUAUGCCUCACUCCCUGCACACGGAUGUCUCUCAUUUGCAGAUCCAGCUGGAACUUUUGUUGCAGCAGCUGCAUAAUGAAAGUUCCGAAUCAAAAGUACUUCUGAAAUUUUCGGAUCAGGUGCUUCACAUCGCCAUUUCUUUAGACAAACUUGCUGAUAGCAUUAAAAAGAAGCAUCAACCGGACAAAGAUGAAGUAAGCACCGUGGAUGAAGAUUUCACAAAUCCAGAGGAAGGUGAAGCUGAAGCAGAAGAACAGGUUCCAGGUGGCACAAUCUUCACUUCAGGUGAGAUUCGUAUUUACAUUUCACCAAAACAAAACAGGCAGAUUGGGAAGAAAAAUUUUCUUGGGGUAGAAGCAAUAACUCCAUCAAUUGGGUUGGCUUGUGCCCGAAUGGCAACCAAUUUAGACCGGUUUAUGAGUUAUAAGAUCCACGGCACGUGCCGAGAUGAUUCGGAAAUAGCUCAGAAGCUUUUGGUUGAUCAACAGUUGAAAUUUAAAUGGAUCAUUGGUUAUCGAAUGGUUAACAUUUAAUUUGAUUAAUAUUUUUGU